UAGUUUCCUGUCUCCCUUUCUGGAUUCUAAGUCAACUGGUUUCAUUGUCGAACAUUAUAUAUAUUUUAUCUCGACUGGAGCAGUGAUGUCUAUAUUCAGUGGAUGCUUCAAGUGCAAUAUUUUGAAAUGGUUCGGCUGCUGGUCGGAUUAUUUUUCAACUCAACUGCAGGAUAAUCAGACCCUCAAGUGGUUCCUGGCCAUUGCUGUCGCCCUGUUAGUUCUGUUCAAUGUCCACUCGGCCGUCUACAUGUGCGAUUUCAGUGAUCGAGGUCCAGGGGGGCCAAACGAUGUCGUGAACGAGGAGGAGGAGGAUCCUGACAACGCUCCCAGAGAAGAAAAUGAAGGUGAGGUGGGUGCUGGAGAUGCGGGUCAAGACAGGACUCCCUUUCAGCAUUUAAUGGCAUGUACUGUGCAAGGCCUGGCCAGUGCCUUCGACUACGGCAUGGAGCGGGGGCCGCACACUUGGGACACACCGUGCAACAACCAAAGUCCUAUCAACAUUGAAACUAACUGCCUGACAACCACCUAUUUUGACUGCGUCAUGGAGUGGGGCCACUACAACGACAUGCCGAUGGGCAUUCGUAUCGAAAACAGCGGUCACACCCUGAUCCUGCGCGCCGCAUUCCGGCACGUGACACCUUACAUCGGAGGCGCCGAUUUGUUGGGUCGCUUCGAGUUCCGGGAGAUACGAUUCCGCUGGAGUUGGUUCAACUCCUCCGGCUCGGAACACACUUUUGACAACCGGCACUUCCCCCUGGAGAUGCAGUGCCUCCACGUAGACGACGGGAGAGAUCGCUGCACGUCCAGCCAAGGUAUCCUGAUGAUCUCAUACAUGUUCGAAAUAAGCGAGGAGAAUCCCCUCCUAGACGUCCUUAUCCAGCACCUUGUGGCGGUGCAAACGGCUGGCCAGGCAGUGGAGGUUCCUCCCUUCCCCCUCAGCUACCUGAUGAUGCCCUUCUUCUCACGAUUCUACAGCUAUCAUGGAUCACUCACGGAACCGCCCUGCCACCGUGGAGCAGAGUGGAUGAUCUUCCCUCUACCCUUGGCCAUCGGAGAGCGCCAACUGAAUGAGUUCCGCCAGCUGAAGGACCUCCGGGGAGUUCGGAUUUCUGGCAAUGCUCGUCCUGUUCAGGGACUCACGAAUCGAACGGUCUACCUCAACCGUUAUACAGCCGAUCGUUAAAUAUUCAAUAAACGUACGUCCUCCCAUCAGUGUUCGGAGUGAAAAGCAAGCAAAAAUCAG